AUGGGGUAUGGGGGGCAUCAACCCAUUUUUGGUCAAAAACUGCUGAACAGGGAGAGACUUAAUCAGAGACAUCAUCGUUUGAGAAGUCUGGCCACUGACAGACUGGGAUCAAAUGGAGGCAGAAGUUGCAGGCUGAGAACAAAAGACAAUAGGCAGAUUCGCCACCAAUUAAAGAUAAACUUUUACAUAGAAUCUGAAGCAACAAGUUCACUGUAUCAAGUGGAGGUGGACAUCUGGAGAAAGGAAAAUUUCAAUGUAAUGUGUUAUGACUUGAAAGUUGGCGAAGAACAUGCUAUCCCAAACCCAGUUUGUAAAUUCGAAGAUGCUUUCCAGAAUUAUCCUGACUUGAUGAAAAAUAUUUAAAAAUCAGGAUUUCAAAAGCCAACACCAAUUCAAUCAUAGGCAUGACCAAUUGUUCUACAAGGGAUAGAUCUUAUAGUAGUUGCCCCAACCAGAACAGGCAAAACACUGUCUUAUUUAUUGCCUAGGUUUAUUCACAUCAGUUCCCAACCAACACCUAAAAGACAAAGGAAUGGUCCUGGCCUGUUAGUCCUUACACCAAAAAGAAAAUUGCCUCUUCCAGUGCAAAGUGAAUGUUCUAAGUAUUCAUAUAAAAGUCUUAAAAGAAUUUGUACAUAUGGUGGUACAGAUCGAAAAGAACAAGUAAAAAACAUCACCCAAGGCAUAGACAUCAUUAUUGCAACUCCGGUAACUGAAAUGAAUAACUUUGUCAACCUAAAAAGCAUCACUUACUUGGUCUUAGAUGAAGCUGAUAAAAUGCUAGAUCUGGGAUUUGAACAGCAGAUAAUGAAGAGUUUAUUAGAUGUGCACAGACAUGCACAAUCUUAUUUGAAAAAGCCUAUGAUUGUUCCUGUUGGUUCUCUGGAUUUAGUUGCUGUAAAUACAGUGAAGCAAAAUACAAUUGUUACUACAGAAGAAGAAAAACGAUCUCUUGUCCAAGAAUUCCCAUACCACCUAUCGUCUGGAGACAAAGUCAGCGUGUUUAUUAGCAGAAAACUUGUUGCUGAUGACUUAUCUAGCAAUAUAAGCAUCCAAGGCCUAUCACAAUCACUGCUUGGAAACAGAGAACAGAGUGGCCGAGAGCAUGUCACCGAUAACUGUAAAAGUCGAAGUGUGACAGUACUGAUUGCUACUGAUUUAGCAUCCUGAGGUCCGGAUGUUAAUGUCACAAAUGUAUGUAAUUACAAUUUCCCAUAGAAUAUUAAAGAAUAUGUACAUAGAGGAAGGCAUACUGGAAGAGCAGGGAAGACUGGCAUAUCCAUUACUACUGUGACUAGAAACGACUGGAAGAUUGCCCCUGAAUUAAUUAAAAUUUUGGAAACAGCAAAUCAAAGUAUUCCUGAAGCUCUUGUAACCAUGGCUGAACAAUAA